UCGGAAAAAUAAAAGGGUCGCAGAACUGUUCUGCCGGAGAAAAGGGAAAGAGGGAGAAGCGUCCUGCGAUUUCUACUCAAUUCCGUUGGGGUUGAUUUCAAUCAAAACCUAGCUUUUGAGAUAGAACUGGAGAGGAGGAACUAGAAGUUUCGAGCUUGGGAAAUUGUUGGGCUGAUCAGUCCGAGUUCAGGCUCUUGAAACUGCUGAUACAUUAUGGUGAACGCCAUUAAAGGACUGUUUAUUUCCUGUGACAUACCCAUGGCACAAUUCAUCAUUAACUUAAAUGCAUCGAUGCCCACGUCACAGAAAUUCAUAAUACACAUCUUGGAUAACACUCACAUGUUCGUGCAACCACAUGUAGCUGAAAUGAUUCGAAGUGCCGUUGCUGAUUUUAGGGAUGCAAAUUCCUACGAGAAGCCUACAUAAUUUCCUUUUCUUUUCCCUGUGGUAAAGUUAUAUGUGAAAGAUUUUUAUGUAUUCAAAGCUUUCUUUCACCUAUUUGG